GCGGCUAUAAAGCUAACGGCGAGAAGACACAGUUCAGUUGAAUUUAGUUGUGCCUAACAGUUACAACGCAGAUACAAAAAUGAUUUCCACAAAAGUUUUGCUAACGAGUUGCCUCCUCGCGACAACCCUCCUUUACACUCCCGCAACGGCCAAAUGCAACACUUGCAGCGUCAACGGUAUAGCAUGCCUCAGCGAUAGUUCAUUCCUCAUCUGCCACAAAGGUGUACCAGAUUCGUCGCAGGUCUUUCAGUGUCCCGCAGGAGAGGUGUGCGUUGCCAAUUCACCAGAGCGGUGUGUAGCGGGCUCAGUAUCUACAGCGGAUUGCGCAGCCGAACAAAAUGCUUGUGGCGCCUGUAAUGGCAACAAGCUCUUCACAUGUCUGACUUCCACCACUUUUGCGCAGUGUAAUAGUACUGCGUUGUUACGGAGCGUCGUCGGCAGUUGUCCUAGUGGUUUGACUUGUGAUUCUUCACGUCCUGAAAUUUGUGUUGUUGGCGGCGCCGAGUGUUCGACAUAAGUGAUUUGCUUUAAGUGAGUUAUAAGGAAGUUUAGAUAUUGUUUUAGAAAUGUUUCAUGUGCUAAAUAAAUGAUGAAAAUAGAACUGUGA